AUGCCCGCCUCAAGAAGGGGUUUAGUGGCCCCGCAAAAUACAUUCCUAGAGAAUAUUAUUCGGCGAAGCAGUGGAUCACAUAGCUGCUUUCUGCUGUCCAAUGCUCGUAUUCUGGAUUACCCAAUCGUGUAUUCUAAUGAUGGCUUCUGCAAGUUGUCAGGCUACAAUAGGGCAGAGAUAAUGCAGAAGAGCUCCACGUGUACGUUCAUGGUUGGGGAUCUUACGGACAAAGACACCAUGAAAAAAAUUGAUAAAGCAUUUGAAGAUCAGGAACAAAUACAAGUGGAAAUAUUGCUGUAUAAAAAGAAUAGGACGCCACUAUGGCUAUUGCUACACAUUGCCCCCAUCAAAAACGAGAAGGACGCGGUGGUUCUCUAUCUAUGCACAUUCCGAGAUAUCACCGCCCUAAAGCAGCCCAUCGAAGAAGACAAUGGGAAAAGUAUGAACCCCGUGAAUUUGAGCAAGUUUGCUCGUCUGGCAAGGUCAGUGACGCGGAACCGGUCGGUGCUCCUACAGUUUUCUUCGCAGGUGCCCACCCCAAACACAAAAGCAAUAGAUUCCAAACCUUCACAGAUAGCAAGUAUGAUGAACCUGACCUCAGAUGCCCUGCCCCAAUACAGACAGGAGACACCAAAGACGCCUCCACACAUCAUCCUCCAUUACUCAGUGUUCAAGGCAACGUGGGACUGGGUCAUUCUUAUGCUUACCCUCUACACGGCAGUUAUGGUUCCUUAUAACGUGGCUUUCAAAAAUAAACAAAUGGACGAUGUUCCUCUACUGGUCGCGGACAGUAUAGUAGAUGUCAUAUUCUUCAUUGAUAUCAUCUUGAACUUCCACACGACAUUCGUUGGGCCUAACGGUGAGGUUGUCUCAGACCCUAAGAUCAUCAGGAUGAACUAUUUGAAGAGUUGGUUUGUGAUUGACCUACUCUCUUGUCUCCCUUAUGACGUCUUCAAUGCUUUCCAACACGUCGAAGAACAUAUCAGCAGUUUAUUCAGUGCAUUGAAGGUUGUCCGUCUCCUACGUUUGGGUCGUGUGGCACGUAAACUUGACCAUUAUCUGGAAUAUGGUGCUGCUGUCCUUGUACUGCUGAUUGUAAUGUUUGUUGUUAUUGCUCACUGGUUCGCUUGUAUAUGGUACAGUAUAGGAUACGCCGAGGCCUCCACUCAAACCCCCCUACACUAUGGCUGGCUCUGGAGACUGAGCACCCUAGUGAAUAAGAACUAUACUGGAAUUAAUAACAUAACUAAGGAAUUGAUUGGCGGCCCGGGGAAGGGAGAGACAUACUGCACUGCCCUCUAUUACACACUGUCCUGUAUGACCAGUGUGGGAUUUGGAAAUGUAUCCGCCAACACAGAGUUAGAGAAGAUCUUCUCGAUAUGCAUGAUGAUUCUUGGAUCAUUACUUUAUGCUACCAUAUUUGGUAACGUUACAACGAUUUUCCAACAGAUGUACUCUACUAGUGCAAGAUAUCAUGAUAUGUUGAACAACGUUCGAGAGUUCAUGAAGACAAAUGAAAUCCCUAAGUCCUUAUCCGAGCGUGUCACUGAUUACGUAGUGUCCACGUGGGCGCUCUCUAAAGGCAUUGACACAGCCAAGGUGUUAAAUUACUGUCCAAAAGAUAUGAAGGCAGAUAUAUGCGUACACCUGAAUAGGAAGGUGUUCAACGAGCACCCUGCGUUCAGAUUAGCCAGUGAUGGAUGUCUCCGUGCCCUCGCCAUGCACUUUACCAUGAGCCAUAGUGCCCCGGGGGACCUCCUGUUUCAUCAGGGAGAGAGUCUGGAUGCCUUGUGUUUCAUUGUCAGCGGUUCCCUAGAAGUCAUUCAGGAUGACGAAGUGGUUGCCAUUUUGAGUAAAGGCGAUGUGUUCGGGGACUGUUUCUGGAAGGAGAACUCAAUUGGGCAAUCAACGGCGAAUGUCAGGGGAUUGACGUACUGUGAUCUCCAUAUUAUAAAGCGAGAUCGAUUGAUUGAAGUCUUGGAAUUCUACCAUGCAUUUUCCAACUCGUUCGCCCGCAAUCUUACGCUAACCUACAACCUUAGGCAUAGGUUGAUAUUCCGUAAAGUGUCAGAUGUAAAGCGCGAAAAGGAAUUGAUGGAAACCAGGAAAAACGACCCACCUUUGGAGUUACACAAUGACCACCCUGUUAGAAAGUUAAUCUCUAGAUUCAGGAAGAUUAGUGACAAUAAAACCACUUUGGGCGUUCCUGGUGACGCAGAGAGAGGAGAUAGUCGGGCCUCUAGCGCUAAUAGCGAGGAUAGAAGCACGCCACUUCUAUCUAAUAUAGCUGAAAACGCAUCAAAAUCUAUGCCCAUUAAACGUAACGGUGGGCUCAGCAAGUGGGGGAAAUUAAUGGGCGGUGGUGGUGGUGGAGCUAAGACCACCACGGAGGAUGAGGUAACAAAGGAUAAUGCAGUCAAUGCUAAAAAGGAGGAGGUCAAAGAGGCUGCAGCAAAACCUGCACCGAGACCAGCUAUGUCAAAAUGGGGGAAGAUGUUUGGAAACAAAACGGAUACUCAGACAACAACGAUAGAUGAAUCUGAGGAAGAACCCAAACCUAAGCCAUCGAUACUGAAGCCAACAAAACCUAAUCAUGAUAUUAAAAGUAACCUUAAAAAGACUGAUUCAACCGACAGUGGUAUACUGCGGAGUGAUCAGAAGUUAGAUCAGCUGAGUGGAUUGGACACCGAUGAUCAUUCUACCAAUGCUGAUAAUCAUAGUCGUGAUAUGUUCUCAGCAAAUAGCACACUCUCUGCCUCUGAACAACAGCUAAUAACAUCGUUAUAUGAUAUCAAACUUGAAAUUAAGGAUGAGAUCGAAUCACUUAAUAACAAAAUGAGUAAAAUAGAUGGCCAUAUAGGUGAUAUUCUAAAGAUGUUUUCUCAAAACUCAUCGCCUUAUUCGUCAUCUGUUCAGAGUUCAAUAAGCUCUCGUGUCAAUUCUUCAAACAAUAGUACAGGAAGUAAUAGUAUAACUGCUUCACCGAGACAUGGACUUAAUGCCUCCCCGUAUCAUAGCAGUGCAGGGGACUCGGAAGCUCGUAUUACCCCUAUAGAAACGACGCCAAGAGACACAGGAACCAGUAGAGUAACUCCGCCGCCUGAUAAGGGUAAACGGAAAGGCUCGGCGGGAUCAAAUGGGUCGAGUAGCUCUAGAAAAGGUUCGGCUGGUACAGGCAGGAUGUCCCCAAGGGUAGCACCUGCCCCAGAGGGCCCUACCCCAGACACUAGACAUUCAAAAGUUAAAAAGGACUCUGGGAUGAAUGCUAGAAUGAAGGACGCUAAAACUAGAUUGAAUCGCGCUUCGAGUGUUUUGAAGGAAGAUGACCAAAGUGCUACCAGAGUAGUUGGGCCGCUUGAUGAUAAAAUUAAUAUUAAAGACAUGGAUUUAGAUAUUUUAUAACAAGAGUAUAUACUUGGAUGUGUAUGGUUUACACAGACAAAUUUAUAACGUGUAUAUAAUAUCGAUAUAUAUAUAUAUUUCAAAUGUAUAUAAAGUUCAUUUAAGAUCUGCACCUUUGUUUAGAGAAUGACUUCAAGACGUGCAAUAAGAGGUUUCUUUUAGGAAUUAUGCAAUAUCAUAUUGUAUAAUACACGAAUCACGUGAAUUAUAACGCAUAGCCUAUGGUCACAAAUGUGUAUCUACGCAAAAAUCUGAUUCUUCAAGCUGGAUAUCUAAUCUUUGAGAAUGGGAAAUUCAUUAGUGAACGUUCGACGUGGUGAGUGGCUCUGAUCUCGAGAUGAAAUAGGAACAUAUAGUGGUAACUUUUGAAUUCAACGUGAUAUGGUUAACGACAGGUUCAUGUCACAAAUCUUAUAGGCCAAUCAUGCAUAUAACAGUUUCUAUAAUAGCCUCUAAGUUCUCUACCCUUGUAUUCGCGAAUGCAACUUUCGGCUGUCGGCUACC